AUGCCUCGCGGCUGGUAUCUCGCCCAGGGCAUGUUCCCACUGGGAUAUAGCAGCAGCGAUGACGAUGAAGGCCCCUGUGAGCUGCCAAACGGUCGACUCGUCUGUGGACCUCACGGAUUGGUGCAAUGCGGCAAAUGUUGCAGUGACUACAGCUUCAAGGAUGACAUCCUUGGUGAAGACUGCGGAGACUUGGUCGAUGAAGAGGACGAUGAUGAGGCCAUCAUAGUCCCUUCCUCAGGGUCCGAUUUGGUCAAAGGCACUGGUCUGAUCUUCCCCUCCAAGUUCAGCCCUCCCCUUAGCUCCACGACACCGAUGGAGCUGUUUCGCGGCAGGUCUCGCUUCAUGGAUAUAAUCAGGUACACCUACCAUAAUGAUAAUUCCGUACUCCUUCUCAUGACUGACGGGGCGUGUCUUAACAACGGCCAAGCCAAUCCAAAGGCCGGUUGGGCAUUUUGCCAAGGGCUGAAUCUUGAGGGCAAACCGCUGUUGGUCUCGGCCCGUCUGGAAAAGCAGGGCCCGUGGGGUGAAGAUGGCAUCCAGAGCAGCAACCGGGCCGAGCUGCGGGCCGUCUUCGCCGCCCUGCGUUUCCGACACUGGCCAGGCGAGGGAUUCAAAACAGUUGUCAUCGCCACUGACUCGGACUACGUCGUGGAGGGUUCAACACAAUGGGCGAAGACUUGGGUGCAGAACAGUUGGAGGACAAAAGGUAAGAGGGGAACUGACGGCUCCGAUGUCAAGAACAAGGAUUUGUGGGAGGUGCUCUUGGGGGAGUGCGAGAGAGCCAACCUCUGUGAUACGGCCAUCCAGUUCUGGAAGAUUCCACGCGAGUGGAAUACGCUUGCCGACGAAGCUGCGAAGAAGGCUGCCGCGGCGGGAGAGGCACCUCCUAGGUGGGCAUCAUAUGUUGGGAUGGCGAUCUGA